AGCUGGAAAAGGGAGGGGGCUUAACGCUGUGUCUGGUAAGGUUCAGGACGGCAAGAUCAGGCAUUGUGGUCUGCUUCAGCUCUGAGUCUGCAGCUCUCCUCCUCUCUCCUCUCUCUCUGUACCCAAGGAUCUGCUUUGACUUUUUUGAUUUAUCGCUGGGCUUAGUUGAGGUCAGAGCGUCAUCAUGGAGGCCAUCAAGAAGAAGAUGCAGAUGCUGAAACUGGACAAGGAGAACGCCAUUGACAGGGCAGAGCAGGCCGAGACUGAACAGAAAGCCGCUGAAGAGAGGUGUAAGCAGUUGGAUGACGAGCUGGUCGGCCUGCAGAAGAAGCUGAAACAGACUGAAGAUGAACUGGACAAGUAUUCUGAGGCCCUGAAGGACGCCCAGGACAAACUGGAACUUUCCGAGAAGAAAGCCGCUGAUGCUGAAGCCGAUGUGGCAGCUCUGAACCGCAGGAUCCAGCUGGUGGAGGAGGAGCUGGACCGGGCGCAGGAGAGGCUGGGCACGGCGCUGCAGAAACUGGAGGAGGCUGAGAAAGCAGCAGAUGAGAGCGAGAGAGGCAUGAAGGUGAUCGAGAACCGUGCAAUGAAGGACGAAGAGAAGAUGGAGAUACAGGAGAUGCAGCUAAAGGAAGCCAAGCAUAUCGCUGAGGAAGCCGACCGAAAAUAUGAGGAGGUGGCCCGUAAACUUGUGAUUCUUGAAGGUGAGCUGGAACGAGCUGAAGAGAGAGCUGAGAUGUCUGAAUGCAAAGUCAGCGAUCUAGAGGAGGAGCUAAAGAAUGUAACCAACAACCUCAAGUCCCUAGAAGCUCAGGCAGAGAAAUACUCAGAAAAAGAGGACAAGUACGAGGAGGAGAUUAAGGUUCUCAGUGACAAGCUGAAGGAGGCCGAGACCCGAGCUGAGUUUGCAGAGAGAACAGUGGCUAAACUGGAAAAAACCAUUGAUGACCUGGAAGAAAAAUUAGCAAGUGCCAAAGAAGAAAACCUCGGAAUGCAUCAAGUCCUGGAUCAGACACUGCAAGAGUUGAACAGCAUAUGAAAAAUAGGAAAAAGGAGUUUCAUCUUGUGACAUUCCACAAACAGCUUCAUUCCUCAUGUCUGUCUAUAUAAAUUUCACAGAGGAUUAAUUUAAUUUUGGUUUUUUUUCACUCUUAUAGAAUAUCCCAAGUCUUAGCUUAAUGGUGAUGGUAAAAGUGAAAUACACACUUGUUUACAUUGUAUUUGACACAUUUGUGCAGACAUUUGAAUAUCUAAAUUUCCUGGGUGUAAAUGUGAAACUUCCCCAGAAACAUUAUGGAUUGUGUCUGCCAUCUAGUGGUCACUCGAAUUUUUAUAAACAUGUCAUUUGAAUCAUUUGUUUUGCUAUUACUAUUAAAAAAUUGUGUUUAUUAUUUUCCAUUUGUGCCCUGAGCUGAUGAUAAUCCAUAAAAAUGAAUGCUAGAGGGAUCAAAAACAUUAUAAUAUGCCUUUAUGUAUACAUUUAAUAAUUAUUUUUGUGAAAAAGGUCAGAAUACACAUGAUGUAGCACGUGAUGUGUUGACAUGUGUGAUGUACUCCAGUGCUGAGCUAAAGACAUUCCACUCUUCACGAGGACCAAAAUUACAUUUCAUGUAGUUUCAUUUUUAUCUGUUUCACUUUCUGUGUUUCUUGAAACAGUUUUCCACUUUGCAUGUAAUAAAUUUGUAUAAAAAAUG